GCAGGUUUGCAGUGUGGGGAUGAAAGGCUAUUCUGCAGAUCACUAGAAACCUGCUUUUACAUUGUCUAGGAUAUUUCCAUUAUUCAUCACUGCUGGGAUAAGAGGCAUCUUCUGCGUUGGCAUCAGAUUUGCCAGAACGUAUGCAGGAAACCAGAUAGAAGGGCAUGCUUCAACGUACCAAGUAUAACCGCUUCAGGAAUGAUUCGGUGACAUCAGUUGAUGAUCUUAUUCACAAUUUGUCCAUGAACAGCAAGGUCUCAGCAGUUGCUACGACUUCAACACCACCUUCAUACCUGGUCUCACCUGAGGUUCUCCGCAAGGACCAAGAAGAUGGACCCACCACCCUUUGCACCCUCAUCCAUAAAGUGUCCCACUUGAAACUGUCCAACACAGGCAGCCUUUUGGGCAUAAAAAACCUCUCCUCUGCAGUGAAGGAGCUUGCUGUCUCCAAGUUGCAGGGAAGCUCGAGUGCUUCCAGCUCAGCAGCAGGGGCUUCAGACAACACAUGUAACCUUGUCUCUGCCACUUCGUGUUCUCAGCAGGACGUGAGCAAGAUGAGUACAGGGAAAAAAACACGGUUAGAGGAAAUGCACCUGGGAGGUGAAGACUGGAAUCAGAAUAGCAGCUUUGUCAAUAAACCCUCUCGAGGGUGGCUGCACUCGAACGAAAAGAUCUUGGGACCUGGUGUGACGUACAUUGUGAAGUACUUGGGGUGCAUAGAGGUCUUACGCUCAAUGAGAUCUCUUGACUUCAAUACAAGAACACAGAUUACAAGGGAAGCAAUCAGCCGUGUUUGUGAAGCAGUGCCUGGUGCCAAAGGAGCCUUCAAAAAACGAAAGCCACCAAGCAAAGCUCUCUCUAGCAUCUUGGGCAAGAGCAACCUUCAGUUUGCAGGGAUGAGCAUCACUCUGAAUAUCUCUACCACCAGCUUAAAUCUGAUGACACCUGAUUCAAAACAGAUCAUAGCCAAUCAUCAUAUGCAGUCUAUUUCUUUUGCAUCUGGAGGUGAUCCGGAUACAACAGACUAUGUUGCAUAUGUAGCUAAAGACCCUGUUAACCGCAGAGCUUGCCAUAUACUGGAGUGCUGUGAUGGCCUUGCUCAGGAUGUCAUCAGCACCAUAGGGCAAGCAUUUGAACUUCGAUUUAAGCAAUAUUUACGCUGUCCCAGUAAUAUACCUGCUCUCCAGGACAGGAUGCAGAGUUUUGAUGAACCUUGGAUGGAGGAAGAGGGGGAAGCAAUGGAACAUCCUUAUUACAACAGCAUUCCUAAUAAAAUGCCCCCUACUGGGGGUUUUAUUGAUGCCAGACUCAAAUCCAGGCUUCCUAAUGUGGCAGACACUGCUCAGGUCACUGCAGGAAGAGAACAAAUGUACUACCAGAGUCGACACUUAGGAGACAAAUUCAGUGAAGACUGGCCUCAUGCACCUCUUAAACAAGGGUCCCUGGACAUUUACGGUGUGCCAGAAGGGAAAUCCCAUUUCACCCCUGCAGGAGAGGUACCAGCUUACGUGAACACCCAGCAUAUAAAUGUGGAAGCUCUGCUGGCGCUUCAGUCCGAUGCUGAAAGCAUUCCAAGAAAAGAUCUGUUUGAUAUGAAACCGUUUGAAGAUGCAUUGAAGAAUCAAACUACUGGGCCUCUGUUGAAUAAGGCAACUUCAGUUGAAUGUACCAGUCCUCUUUUAUCCAGAGCAGCUCACUGGACUAUGAUGGAAGACCUAAGUACAGAACCUUGGUAUCAAGGAGUGAUGAGCAGGAAAGAAGCAGAAAAGUUGUUAAAGAAAUGUGGAGACUUCUUGGUCAGAAAAAGCACUACAAAUCCAGGUUCCUAUGUGCUGACUGGUAUGCAUAACGGACAAGCCAAGCAUCUUCUUUUAGUGGAUCCAGAAGGAACUGUUCGUACUAAAGACCGUAUAUUUGACAGCAUAAGUCAUCUCAUCAACCAUCAUCUUGAGAACAAUUUGCCAAUAGUCUCCGCUGGGAGUGAGCUCUGCCUCCAGCAACCAGUUGAGAGGAAGCAAUGA